ACCUUAUAAAACUAAAACUCCACCUGCCUUUUGCCAGUGCUAAUGGCUGUGAACUUGAAAACAGGUCUUUGUUUACCGUCAGUCCCAUGGCCCAUUUCUCUAGAGUUUUUCUUGUCAACACAGUUUCCCCCAGGUGAGUUUUAAGCAUUACAAACCUGCAGGUAAAGAGAGAGAAAGUAAACUUGUUGGAGGGAUGAAAACUGAUGAAUCAUUUCCUGUGAGGGGGGAAAAAAAAAGGACAGGUUUUGUCAUAAAAAGUGCUAAAAGUGCUCCUGUUUUUUUUUUUUUUUAAUUUUUAUUAGAAACUAGAUGGUUCUUUUAGAAAUACAGAUUACUUCCUAUGCUUUACUGGUGAAUAAUUUGCAAGAUGUUUAAUUACCACACCUAUAAGUCCAGAAAAAAUCCUGUACAAUGGAUGUAAAUGCUAAGUGAGUUGCUCAGUGUUAAAAUCAAAAGUGGGAUUGAUUGUCCAGUAAAAUGGAAUUACACAUUCUCAACACUGAAAGCACAUUUAGGCAGCCUUGACGUUCUUAGUUACCUGAUUUUUGGAUAAACAGUACUAAACCAGCCUGUUUAUUGCAGCUUCAAAGUUAUCUAGAUAAUUACCUGCAAAUACAUUUUGUAGUAAAUUUUGUAGAUUCAACAAAGAGUUUCAUUCGUGCAAAGAUACUCCUAAUGUCUUUAGCAAAGCUUAAAGUAGAAGUUGUAGGAAACUAUACAAAAAGGGCUUUAAAAUUCUGUUAGGUUUGGAUUUAACCUUUUCAGUGUCAGUUGAGAAAGAAAUAUGGUGAAUAUGUAUUGUAGCCAAAAGCAAAAGAUAAGACUGUGGCUAUGAACCAGAUAGCUUUGCGCUAAAUAGACUUCCGGCUGUCUUAGAGACAUGCUGUGACUAGAAUCUCUUUUCAUGCAGAAAUUUACCAGGAACAGGUAAAACACAAGGUUACUGAGUUCUAUCAUUUCCUUUUAAAAAGUAGCAAUUACAUUUGCUUGCUCUUGUCACUUGUCCUAAAAAAAAACACAAAACAAACACACAACCCACGCACCUCUCUGUCUCCCCUCCACUCCCUUCUUUCCCCCUCAAAAGAAAAGAAGGGUGGAGAGUGCUUUAUGUUAGUACCUUAGCCUAGGUCUAUAUGAGCAAACAUUGUCCUGAUUUUUGCAGGGUAGCUUGGCUGGUGUGGAAGACCCGGUCUCCACCCAAUGCACAUAUCAAGAGGUUUUAUUUCAGACUGUUGUCAGGCAACUUCCCACCCCUACAGCAGCAAACAUUCUCACUCUGAUUUGCAGGAUGCAGAAGGAAUGAAAUAUUUAUUUCAGGCGUUCUCAUUGUUUAUAUAUCAUUUAUCAAUGAAAUACUAUCCAAGGUGGAGAAAAAAAAAGGGAUUUCACAGAGAGAUCCUAGUUGACAAAUACAUCAUUUGGGAAAAAAUGAGAUGUACCAACUGCUACACACAAAUCUGGUCUCCUCAUUACUCAUUACCACCUCCUCAGUCACAGAAAGAUAAGCCAUGUCAUGACCAUUGCUCUGCUGCAAUCCGUUUUCAAAGAUGGCACUGAUAAGUUGAAUUAGAGUCCUCCCUGUGCAAAUUACAACAUCAUUCUGCCUUAGAGCUUCAUGGCUUUAUUGCUGGAGCUGGCGGUUCUUGGUCUGCUUUGAAGUAGUCCUGGUGACAACAUCAAACGUUCAUGCAAACCAAUGUCAGGUGAUGGACUUCUCUGGUUUUCCCUGCCCUUUUUGACUUGUAACAGCCAAAUUCUGUACUUCAGGAGUGAUAUACCCCCAGAUUUUGCUGUCUCAUGAAACUCAGUCAUUUCAGGUGAUAUUCCUCCAGAGGAUUUGCUGAACUCUAAUUCUUAUCAGUCUCUGCAAAGUUGAAUUAUUGAAUAGUUUUCAUUUUACCUAUUAAUUUUGGUAAUGUUUUAACAACAUUUUGUUUACCAGAAACAUUUUUUCACUAUUAGUGAUAUUAUAGUGAAGUUAUGAGAAAAAAUGAAUACUUCAUAGGUCCCUACCAGCCUCAGCCAUUCUGUGAUUCACACAGCAGAACCUCCUGUGUGUAUGUCUCGGCAUUCUUUAAAAAUGAUUUAUUAUUUUUUUUUAUUAGUGUUUCUAGAAAAAAAGCAGUAGAACAGAUUACGGAACCCCUCACUUGUCUUUAUGAUAACCAGAUUUGAACCCACAGAUGUUUUUUUGUUAGUGCAAAAUAACAACACGGAAACUAGAAAACUUACAUAAAAAUAAUUUGACCUUAAGCAGUAAGUGCGUAAGAAAAAUUUUCAAAAUGAAAUAUGGAUAUAAUUGCUGACAAAAGGCAGAGUAGGUAACUGCGUAAAUCCUUCUAUCUUUACGGGGCCAGGAAUGAGUUCAUUCUCUGUGUUCCUCCCAACAGGAUAACGUCUGGAGCUGUUACAACAUGCCUGCAGCCAGCGCUAAGUACCUCCCUUUGGUGGAGGGCAACAUACGCAGGCAUAGCAGAACUUCAACUCUUAUCUUACCUCAUCUUAUCUGUGGUUGUCAUGUGGUGAGCAGGAUGGUAGAAUGUGUUUAUAUUUGGUAGAUACAAUUUAGAAACAGUGCCAGAAAGUGCAAUAGAAAAAAGCAAGGUGGGACAAACAGGACAAGGAAGGAUUAUUCUCCACAGCUUUUGCGAAGUGUUUGUCACUGGCUUAGCGAGUUUAGCAAACGUGUUUACAGUGUACUUUUACCAAGAAUGAGAACCUGCCUUGGAAGUCCCAAAGAGCCCGUGAUUUCUGAUUACUUUGGAAGGAACCUAGGGAUGUUCUUUGCUCUAUCUGACCGUGUAUUUUCAGGGUGAAACUGUGGACAUGGCCUCAGAUACAAUGAUUCUUUUCCCCUCUGGAGAAUUUGGGCAAAAAUAACUGCAGCUGAAUUCUGUCCUGAGUGGUAAAACUCUACAGGUCACAUGCAGACUCAAGAUGUGGACAAAAUGGCUGGGAAAAGGGAGAAAUUUAGCUGUUUGUCAUGGCAUAAUGUGGCAGGCUGUAAUGUACCUGGAGAAUCACACUGAGGGGAUGAGGUUGGCAGGAACCUCUGGAGGCCACCUCGUCCAACCCCUGCUCCAGCAGGGCCUCCCAGAGAAGGCUGCCCAGGACCAUCUCCAGGCGGCCUUUGGAGAUCUCCAGGAAGGGAAACAUUACAGCAAAAACAUUACUUUCCUGUAAGAUCACAACAGCAUUUCUGUCUUUAAUUAUUGCAGAGAAAUGUGAAGCCUAUGAUGUGAUGUUUAGGCACAGUCUUGUGCCUGAUGGGCAGCCUCUUGCUAUUACAUGUUCUCUGGAAAAGAGCUUGAAUUUUAAAAGUGGAGACUACAACUUAACAUGGUAUAAAGUUGGUAACCAGACAGCUGUGCCUAGAGACAAACUUUCUAGAAUUCAUCAAAAGAAGAAUUUAAUUUGGUUUCUCCCUGCAAUGGUAGAAGAUUCUGGAGAUUAUGAAUGUGUCAUAAGUUGCAGGAAUAUGACAAGCUAUAACAAAAUGUCUACAAAAGUAACAGUUUUCGAGAGGAUUGAUGGUUCAUGCUUAAAUGAAAAAUUUGCUGUAGAGGAGGUGGUAUUCACUUUAUCAUCUGCAAAGGUUGUGUGUCCACAUUUGAGUUACUUCAGGAAUGAGAAGAAUGUUCUGCCUGUUCGCUGGUAUAAGGACUGUCAGCUAUUGAAAGGGAGAAGGUUUGCCUUUUCAAACAGUGAUCUUGUGAUUUUCAAUGUGACUGUGCAAGAUCAAGGAAACUAUACUUGCAAAACAACAUAUAUCUACAAUGGAAAGCGAUAUAACAUUUCACGAGAUGUUAUUCUGACUGUAGCAGUAAGCCCACCAAAAAAGCCUCCAGAAAUAUCUUAUCCACGAAACAACUCAAUUGAAGUGGAACUUGGCUCACAGGUUACAGUGGAUUGCAAUACAACAGGUGCUGAUGGGUAUGAGGUGUUUUGGACAGGCAACGGUGUGUAUAUUGAUGUAUUUUAUAUGAGCAGAAUUUUUGCAAGGCGUUAUGAGGAGGAAACUUCUUAUGAUGGACGCCCUAUCUAUUCUGUGAAGCUCAUAAUUUCAGAAGUGAAUCGUGAAGAUUAUGAACAACCAUUUGUCUGUCAAGCUUCAAAUGCCUUUGGGCAGGUUGCAUCCUAUAUUAUACUAAAACACAGAGUUCCUGAUACACGAACAUGGCUGAUUGGAGGGUUUCUCUCUUUGUUGCUUUUAACAUUUAUUAUUUUAAUAAUCUAUAAGAUUUUCAAGAUUGAGCUGGUGCUUUGGUACCGGGAUUCUGGAUGUGCCUUUGUAAGUAAGGAAGAUGGGAAAAUCUAUGAUGCAUAUGUCCUGUACACAAAAGGCAGUGGAGGCAGCAGCUUCUAUCAUCUGGAAACCUUUGUUCUUAGAAUACUCCCCAGUGUUUUAGAACAUCAAUGUGGAUAUAAUCUCUUUAUAUUAGGAAGGGAUGAUUUACCAGGAGAAGCUGUGGUCAGUGUUGCUGAUGAAACCCUUAAGCAAAGCAGAAGGCUGAUGAUUAUUUUGGCAUCGGAAACACCUAGUUGCCUGUUAGAAGAUGCUUGUGAACAACAAUUAGCUAUGUAUAAUGCUCUCAUCCGUGAUGAGACUCAAGUAAUUCUUAUAGAAAUGGAUGAAAUACUGGACUACACAAGUAUGCCAGAUUCAGUCAGGUACAUUAAGCAAAAACAUGGGGCUAUCCAAUGGAAAGGAGACUUCUCAGAAAAAUCUUGUUCAGCAAAUACAAAAUUCUGGAAGAAUGUACGCUAUCAGAUGCCAUCUAAGAAAAAAAUAUCUCAUUCUGAAAUUUAUUUAUUGCGCCAAACUUUGAACAGUUCCACAGCGAAGGGAAAUUAAGACCCACUUAUUAAAAUAAUACUGCAAACGUAAUUCUAAAAUGCUUUCUACAAAAUUCUGUGUGUUAUGAACAGUGUUUUCUUCAAGGAGUAUAAACUACUCAUCCUGUCCCCAAAAUUAUACCCUAAUAGGAAAACUCCGUGCAACUUUGUUUCUGUUUGGGCUAUAAAUAGUGACACAAUUUAUUGUGUUGGCCUCAACCAGACAUUUGAAGUAAGUGUGCAGAUGUUGGUGGACUGUUAAAUAGUGGUAAUCUACAGAAAUGUAAUAUCCACGGAAGAACCAACCUUGAAGUCCAUUUGUUUUCUAAUUGAAACUGCAGAUGAUAAAUUAAAAACAUGUUUGUGUA